AUGAAGAGGUGUUUCCAUGAUAUUUUGGCGUUGGCUUGUAAUAGUUGUGAAUCUGAGUUUCCUAAUAUUAAUGAUAAGGGUAAAUGCGAUCAACUAUUCAAUCAAAUGGUAGAACAGUUUAAUCUUCUGCAUUCACGAUAUAAGGUACUGGCCUCAAAUGCUGAUAUAUCAUUUUCAGAUAACGAAAUCUUAGAUUCACCUUUAUGCAUCUAUAAUUUUUUGAACAAUUUUGAUACUUAUAUUCCAUUGUGUUUGACUCAAAUAUUGAAAAUAGCAAAGCAAAUGCAAAUAGAGACUCCGUACAUAGAAUGCAUCAAUAGCUUUUAUCUCGAGAUUGAAAAAGUGGGGGCCCAAAAAAUUUAUAAUUGGGUGAAAAGAGAGUCAUACAGUCCUGAGAAAAUCCAGCCCUCUCCACGAAAUCAAGCAGCUGGCAACAUCAAUGGUAAUAAUAGCUCUAAUACCUUAUUCAGUCAGCCAAAUGAUAUAGCAAAAAGUGGUGAUGCUACCCCAGUAACUCCACUGAGCAAUUCGGUUUCCUCGCUACCGCCAGGUUACGUGAUUUAUGCACCUCCGGAAGGUAUGAUGGCACCAAACGGGAAACAAAACAUUUACUAUCCUGCGCCACCUCAAAAUGGAGGAUUUUUCAAUUCUACCUCAACGCAAAAACCUUUGAUUCAACAUCCGAGGUUUAAAAAUGUACCAAAGGAAGAAAUUAACGGUAAAAAGAUUUCUUAUCAUCAAAUAAAGGAGCUCAUUUAUCCUCGCACAAAAGGAUCAACUUCUUCCAAUGAUUUAACUGUAGCACACAAACAUAUUUACCAAUAUGCAAAUGUCAAUAAUACUUUUGAAAGUGUCAACAACAGGUAUGGAUGGGCAGAUUCCUUAGAUGUUUUCAAAUUAUCAAGUGGUAUCAAAGAUUUGAGCAAUGGGGAGGUCGGAGAUGGGGAAGGGAAAGCCAAGGAUUUGAACAAGGCUGUGGCGUCAGAACCUCAAGAAGCCGACCAACCAGAAAAUGAAGAAAAUUCCCGUAGCAAAAGCAGUAGUGAUCCUUCCAAUAGUGAUAUGGAUAUGGAAGAUGCUAAUGAAGAAAUAUCUGCUACUAUGGAAAAUGAAAAAUGA